UACCAAUAACACACAACAAGCACAGCAACAGCAACAACAACAGUCGAACUCAUUGUUGAGUUUACGGACAGCCUUUCCUGAUACCAACGUGCCUCAUUUCAUUGUCAAGCCCGAUAAAGUGACACGCACAUCCAUUCCUCCAAGCUUGUUCAACAAAGACGACCAAACGACAAAAUCUGCUGUCCAACAAGGUAUUACUUCGACCUCAUCCAAAGGCUUUGGAACACAACAAACAACAUUACCAGGAUUCUUGACUUCGGCUGCAGUGCCACAAUCGUCCAAGUCAGGUCAGAAACGCGCGUUUGAUGGUCAAGGCGAAUCAGAGUAAGUUUCCAGAGGGAUGGUGAGCCCGAGUUUGUGGAAAAGAGUUUAUAAUUUUGUUACUCGUGUGUAUGUAUGUAGACGACGAACACUCUACAAACAAUCAAGCAACCACUCUGGCGUGUUUGGUAUGGCGGGAGACGAAAGCUUUGGUGAUAGCAAUAGCCGAUCGACAAAAGAACUGGAAGAUCCUCCGGUGGUGUCACUUUGGGAUAUAGGUGUCAAUCCUCGCAAACACUCAUCAUCUCCAGACACAGUCAAAACAUCCAAUAAGCCAGUAAUGCAUUCACGAAACGCGCCAGGCAAAUCAUCACUGAUGACUCAGGAUGCAAGCAGCAACAACAACAAUUUCCUCAAGGACAGCGGUGCUGCUGGAGCCUCCAUUUUCACGCCCACGGCUCCAGACAGCCAAAGUAGAAAAAAGGGAGGCCCUACGAUUGUCAAGGUGUUUGGAUACCCAUCUGGAAUGAAGGUCGCUGUGAUUGAGCAUUUUUCACAGUGUGGCAAGGUAGAGGAGCGGUAUCAGUCGGGGAGCAACUGGAUGACGUUUCGAUACGAGUCAAGCGAUGCAGCAAAAGAAGCAUUAGCAAGCCAUGGAUCGAUUAUUGCAAAGGAUUGUAUGAUUGGUGUUGUAGAAGCGAAAAGCAUGACCGGAUAGAAGAAAUUCAAAUAAAUACAAAAAAAAAAAAGAGGAAAAGAAAGGUCAAC